CACCAUUGUCUGCUCCCUUCUUCUUCCCUGUGUUUUUCUUCUUUCUUUGUCUCCUCGAAUUUCCUGAUCGUGUGGAUCGAGUCUUCUUCAGUGUGAGGACUGCUGUCGGGAGUUUCUUCCACUUCUCAUCAACCCGCCUCGAAAUCUCCCCCUUUGUCCUGUGAAAUCCGGGAUUAACGCCUCUGUCUAACUCCAUCGUUCUCAUGGCUCCACAGUCGAGUGACAGCAAACCACUGUUCCAGAAGGAUGAGAAAGCCCUCUGUUUCCAUGGAGAGAUGUUGUAUGAUGCCAAAAUCACAGACGUGAAAAGAACAGAUCCCAAAGAGACGAAAUCACCCUUCCACUACAAGGUCCACUACAAAGGCUGGAAGAACACCUGGGACGACUGGGUCCCCCAGGAUCGUCUCCGAAAGCCAACAGAGGAUAACCGAGAACUUGCAGCGCACCUGCGCCAACAGGCAAUUCUCAAAGCCAACCCCAAGAUGGCUGGCAAGACCCGUCGAGGACAAGGCUCAGAGAUUGGAUCUGGCAGAGGGUCAGAGGAGCGCACAUCUUCUGUCCCUGCUGCCGGUGGUAGGGGAUCCAAACGCGCAAGAGAUAACGAUCUGGAAAAGGAAGACGCGUUCUACACCCGUCCAUCCAUACGCAUCACCAUCCCCGACCAUUUGAAAAAUCUCCUCGUUGACGACUGGGAGAAUGUCACGAAAUCCCUUCUUCUCGUCCCCUUGCCAAGUCAAGCUCCAGCGAACUUCAUCAUUGACGAAUAUUUCAACGAAGAGAAGAUGAAUCGCCGCCUGUGUUCGCCCGAAGCAGACAUUCUGGAGGAGUUCUGUGCUGGACUAAAGAUGUACUUUGAGAAAGCAGUUGGUAAGAUCUUACUGUAUCGCUUUGAGCGAAGUCAACUAGCAGAGGUUAGGAAGCUCUGGGAGUCCGGUCGUUACAAGGAAUGGGAGGGCAAAGGUCCCGGCGAUUGCUACGGUGCCGAACAUCUCACACGCAUGAUCGUCAACCUGCCGGAAAUGAUUGCCCAGACGAACAUGGACUUGGAAGCCGUUGCUCGCUUGAAGACCGAACUCAGCAAAUUCAGCAUCUGGCUGUCGAGGAACAGUACGAAAUACUUCUGUGCGAAAUAUGAGAAACCAAGUGCGGAAUACAUCGAGAAUGCCCGAUAGGAACGGAUGCAAGAACGAGUUGACGCCGACUAGGAGAGUGCGAGUGCGCAGCUGAGGACUCUGAAGGAGCUCAUUAUGGUGACAGAGGACAUUGGUGACCGGAAAUGCGAGUGCAAAGCUGAGGUGCUUCAAAGAGUUUAUCAUGGUGACAGGGGACAUUGGUGAUCGAAAAUGCAAGUGCAAAGCUGGGGUGUUGCAAAGAGUUUAUCAUGGUGGGACAUUGUCGACUGCGAAUGCGAGUGCAAAGCUGAGAUCUUUGAAAAAGCUUGUCAUGGUGACACGGGACAUACCGACUGCCACACUGUACCGGAGUAUUGAUUAUUUCAGUGAAGGCCACUGGGCGCUCUUGGGUUACGAGGGCAGCAAAUGGCUGUUGGGGUUUACAGCCCUCAGAAACGAAGGGGUUUCAUCAUAGCGUGGUCGUGGUAACUACUCGGUAUUAGGUAG